AUGUGUAAACCUUCAUUGGAUACAAUACUCAGUGAUGUUGAAUAUGAAGCGAAACGGAUACAUGCAAAAUCGAUAUUUGUUGCAAGCGAUCGAGAGCAUUACAUCGAUGAAUUGAACGAGAAACUUGCACAUUUGAAGGUGUUCGCUCGAAGACGUUAUCCGGAUGAUGCUCUUAUAAGUUUGGCAAUACUGAGUGAAUCUGAUCAUUUCAUUGGAAAUUGUGUGUCCACAUUCAGUUCGUUCGUUUAUCGACAACGCAAAUACACUUCGCUCGAUCAUCGCUCUCAAAUGAACUCGACGUCAUUCUUCGGAUGCCGACAAAACGAGAGCAGAAGCGAACGAAAUGAAUUGUAA